GUUGGUCGUCGCAACCUCCAGGCUUCUAUUCUGCUGCAAAUGUGACCGAGCUUAUUCCCUGAAACGCGUCUAACGCCAACAGGUGGCGUCGAUCGCGUGUUGACUAGGUGGAUGAAUAUCUUUAUUCACAGCGCAGCGGCUCAUCGACUGAAGGAGGGUUCACUCGCCCAGGCACAGGAUACAAGGACAGAGCAUUACAUCAUGUGCGGGAAGCCAGGAUGGGUGGUGUUCUUCCUGACGCUCCUCACCACCUUGGUCCUCAUCAUCACCGUGCUGCUGGGGGUGGCGGCACAACCCUCCCACCACUUCAACUUGGCGCCAGGUCUGUUCAAUCGAGGGAUUGCCAAUGUCUCAGACACAUAUCACCUCGACAUGUCGCCAGUAGACGGAACCUUUGCUUUGUGGGGUGUCAUCUUUAUAUGGCAAAUAUGUUGGGUCAUCUACUCCCUUACCGCGUUAUGUCGUAAAACAGGAGACGGACGCGUUUACGACAGCCCAAUUCUACUUCCGUCCGCGUUCUACGUCUCCUUCAUCGUAAGCCUAUGUCUGACGAUGGGAUGGUUGUUCCUCUGGGAUCGCCUGUUCCUCUCUCUUUCCCUGGUCGUGAUGUUAUUCGUCUCAACAUUCCUUUACAUAUCACUAGCUCUCUCCUACAACGCCUUGGAACGCCAUAUGCCACUUCUUUAUGUUCAAGAAAGGAAAAUCGACAUCUGGUGUAUCCGAAUCCUGGUUCAAAAUGGUAUCGCCUUGUACGCCACGUGGACCACCAUCGAAUCCUUGCUUAUUCUGGCAGUCGUUAUGACGUAUACAUCUGUACCGGUAGUAGCGGAGGAGACGUCAUCGACGGUCAGUCUGUCAAUCCUUGCCGCAUUUAUGCUGGUUUAUGCUCUGACUGAUUUUUUUGCUUUCGACAGAUUCAGCCGAUUCACUGUUACACCAUACGUGGUGUUAAUUGUCGCCUUCAGUGGUAUGUUCGCUAACAAUGCUGACACGUACAAAAUGAACUCUAUCUUCAUCGUGGCUCUCUUGGCAACAUCGGCUGUGGUCGCCCUCACCAAGAUCUUCUUCAUCUGUCUCAGACAGAUAACCAAACAGUCGGAUUCCGCCGAAACCACUGAGUUCCUCAGGGAACUGGACGAAUCAAGACAUCUUUUGAAAUAAAAGAGCGAAAAACAACAUGGGAAAAUCCCCGAUAAUGAAUGAGUGAGUUGAUUUCAACGCCGUUUUCUUACAGUAUUCCAGUUACAUCACGGCGUGUCAUCUUAAUGUGGAAGGAAAGCCCGAAGUGAUACAGGUCUCAGACAUUUACCACUUUGGUGAAAUCCACGAGCACGGGUAUAGUGCUGUCAAACGUAGAAACAUAAUCGGGGGGAACCUGAAUUUGAACCCACAAUCAUAGUGUUUGGGCGAGAUCAAGGGACGCAACUCUGCACAGCAAAUUGCGGCGCCUUAGACGAUUGGAUUGCAAGUACCUUUCAACAAACAAGUACCUUAUCAUCACUAUGGACAUUCAAGUGUGUUUCUGUACGACAGUUAGCAGGGAGAGCCUUCUAAGCAGAUUUAGUCCAUGAAUAACCAAUUAUGUUGCGUGCACUUUUAACUAGGUUGUCUCUGGUUAUAUUCCUAAAGCAAUUAGUCAUUGAAUUCAGAAACAUUAUGUUUUGUGCUCGGGGAAGGAUGACCGACCAUUAAUAGGAAGGCUAGGGACAGUUGUUAAAGCAGUAUUUUAUUUUAUCUUCUAUUUUACCCCCUCUUUUAGGAGGUGUAAAACCUGAGGUAAGAAUCGUGUUUCCAGGACAUGUCUUAGGCCACUGAAUAUCAAAUGGUUCGUCACUUAUUGCCAUAUGAUAUUUGUCAUAGUGACAUCUUGUCCACGGUGCACUAACAUUGAUGUUCUGGUCAGCUUAGAAUAUAUGAAAGUUGCACCCAUGUUUGUUUGAUGGUGGCUAAGAAUGAAACAAACAAGACAUGGUUAUUGGAUGGUGAGGUAUUUGAUGCGAAGGUUAUAGGCGAUAUGACAUGCAUCAUGAGCAUUACGGAAAAGUCGACUCUUUACAGCCUUGUUUGUUUGUUGUUGAACGCCGCACUCAGCAAUAUUCCAGCUAAAUUACGGCGGUCUGUAAACAAUCGAGUCUGGACCAGACAAUCCAGCGAUUGACAUCUUGAGCAUCGGGGGUGGUC